AUGCCCACCCUACGUCAGCGACCACCCAAAAAGGGGGAUUCCAACACUCCAUCCCUGAAAUCCUCUUCUCCAUCCACAACCACGUCCCCUCCAUCCUCACUCUCCACAUCCAAAAUGUGUGAACCAAACACGCUUACCCCUCUACUGCACGCCAAGACCAACCCGGAAGCUUUAUCUGGACGACAUGUACACCCCUCGUCGCAACCGGAACAGCGGGUUUUGGAGCAGGAGUAUUUAGAGCAGGAAAAUACUGUUGAAAUGGAGAAUCUGAGCAGGAAGAGUCAGUGGAUUGUUCUUGCGCUGGCGAGCGGUGGGUGUGCGGCUUUUAAUGGGGUGUUUGCGAAAUUAACAACUACGGAAUUAACAACAAGCUUCGCAACAUGGAUCGCCGAUGCAAUAGGACUCGGGGGUGUAGAAGGUGGCGUAGAAGUCGUCGUUAGAGCAAUAUUCUUCGGCCUUAAUCUAAUCUUCAACGGCAUAAUGUGGACGUUAUUUACCAAAGCCCUUGCACGAGGUACCUCCACAACACAAGUCAGCAUCCUCAACACAUCUGCAAACUUCAUGUUCACGGCCGUCAUGGGCUGGCUUAUAUUCUCCGAGUCCCUGCCGCCGAUGUGGUUCCUGGGUGCGUCGUUACUGGUUGCGGGGAAUGUGAUUAUCGGGAGAAGAGAUGAGGGCGAGGAUAAGGAUAAGGACGUUGUUGGAAGUGCGGAGAGGAGGAGUAUAGACAGGGAUGGUAAUGGACUGGAGGGUGAGAGUUUGCUUGGUGAGGAGGUUGAGCUCGAUGCAGAGUUUAGAGAGGGGGAGAGUGUGGAGGAGAGGAAGAGGAGGGAGGGGGAAGAGGAUGUGCUGCAGUUAGACUAG